CUUCCGCACGGAAGCGUUCGCUCGCUCGCGCUCGUCUCUCUUCUCGACUCUCUCCCUCUGUCGCGUUAUUAUUGUUAUUUUUAUUUUUGCUGGCCGUCAUUUCGCACAGUGUAGUUCACGAAAAUGUAAUCAACUCAAAGAACACCACCCCGAACAAAAACAGAGAAUAAAUUGUGACAAGAAAGCGUCCAUUAAAGCCUCAUCAUGGUCGAGAUACAAAAGCCGCACUCGGCCCUAAAGAGGCCAUCGCUGAAAAGGGAAACGGUCGUUGUUAACAACAGUGCGCCGACCAUCAAAAAGGUGACUCUGGUGCCCAAAGACGAGGAACUGGUGGCCAUUUCUCCAGAGCGCCGCAACUGGCGAGGCAUCUUCAUCGCCCUCCUGGUGAUCGCCGCCGUCUUCAGCUUGAUCAUAUUCUCGAUCUUCCUGCUGUCGCCGGAGGAUGAGGGCCUUAGGAUCCGGGGUCGCCGAAUGCUGCCCAGCGACAUCCUCGGCAGGAGUCUCCAGUGGAAGCCCUUCAAUGGCACUUGGAGCAAUGGUCGUGAACUCAUUUAUCGCGAUCCCACGGGCGGCCUUUCCAUACUCAAUAUGGCCGAUCUCACCACACGCAUUCUUAUGACCAAUUCAACAUUCCGCCAGCUAAAUGCGGAAUCGUUUCUUGUGGCCCCUGACCAGAAAUACGUGCUCCUGCAGUCGGACACCAAUGGCGAGGGCUCCAGACAUCACGUGUACGAGGUGCAGACGGCCAACACAUUUCCGCUGGGACCAACGGAGAACAUUGCGGAGGCGCCACGCCUCCAGCACGUUGUGUGGGCCCCCGUGAAUCCGCCUCCACCGCUGGCAGCCCCACCACCCAGUGGUGCUAGUGGUUCUACUGGCUCUGCGAGUGGUUCGUUGAGUGGUUCCUCCACCACGAUGGCUCCGCUGCCCAGUGGCAGCAUCAUCCUGAACAGCUUGGCGGGGGCGGCCAACGGGGGCGUGGCGAAUGCGGCGGCAGGAGCGGCGGGAUCCCCCUCCAGUUCCACCGCCGCCACGAACUCAAAUGGAAAGGCCGGUGGCUACACGCUCAACCAGGCCAUCGCCUUCGUGCACCACAACGACAUCUACUACAAGCCGAAGGUGCAGGGCGAACUCGUCUGCCGGAUAACGCAGACUGGAUCCCCAUUGGAAUCCGCGGAGGGCGAACAGGGAACGGGGGGCGUGGUCUUCAACGGAGUGCCCGACUGGAUGUACGAGAACGUGCCGGAGCUGGAGAGCAGGAAGAGCAGCAUGGAGUUCUCCCCGGACGGACUCUACUUGGCCUUCCUCAGCUACAACGACAGCGAGGUCAACGAGUACAAGUACACCUGGAUGGGCGACGACAUCAAGUACCCGGCGGUGAUGAGCCAGCGCUACCCGAAGACGGGCUCCCGCAACCCGAACGUGACGGUGAACGUGGCGAACCUCGCCGUGGUCAAGUACAUAUUCCCCACGCAGAUCAGGCUGCCCGCGGAGCUGGCCAACGGCAGCUACGUGGGCGGACUCACCUGGGCCUCGCCGAGCGACCUCUCGGUGACGGUGACCAACCGGGAGCAGACCAAGGCCACCACGGUGCUCUGCCGCGCCCCCCACUUCCACUGCCAGGCGGUGCACACGGAGGUGACCAUCAACGACGGCUGGGUGCUGCCGGCCGAGCGUCCCGUCUUCUCCGUUCGCAACCAGCUGCAGCGGCAGCAGGCGAAGAUCCCUCCCGCUCCGGAGGAGGUGCCCCCGGAGAGCCAGGCGAAUGCGACGGAGGGCCAGACCACCCACGAGAUCAGCAACGGCGGCUACCUGCUGAAGCGGCUUCCUGUGCGCGAUGGCGAGCACGGACACUACCGGCACGUGGUGUUCAUCUCCUCGCUGGACCGACGACCCGUCCCCCUGACCAUGGGUCGCUUCGAGGUCACCGAGAUCGUCGGCUGGGACGAGCCGCACGAGAUCGUCUACUUCAUGGCCGCGCCGGAGAAGCGACCUGGGGAGCGGCACCUGUACAAGAUCAACCUGAGGCUGAACGUCACCGAGUCCAAUCGCACGUACAUCACCUCCAGUCCGCCCACCUGUCUCACCUGCGACAACACGGAGUCCACGUACCGGCUGCACCGGGCGCGGAUCUCCCAGCGCGGCGAUCGAUGGGAGGACAUUGUGGCGCGCCUGGAGCCGGACGACUGCCUGUACGAUAUACCCAAGAACUGCCUGUUCAACCGGGUGCAGUUCAGCCAGGACUACAGCUACUACGUGCAGGAGUGCCUGGGUCCCGAGGCGCCCAGUGUCUACCUGGUGGAGACGGCCAGCAACGACAAGAUCUACGUGCUGAAUGCCGGCGACGUCCUGCGCCACCGGCUCUCCCAGCUGGCCGUUCCGCAGUCGCGCACCUUCAGCGUGGAGAUCCGGCACGGCUUCCACGCCCAGGUGCGCCUCUUCCUGCCGCCCGGAAUGCGCGAGGAGGAGGACGUCGCCUUCCCGCUCGUCCUGCACGUAGAUGCCGCACCGGGUUCGCAAUUGGUAACCGAGCGCUUCCACGUCGACUGGAACUGGUACUUGGCCAGCCAGCGCAGCUUUAUUGUGGCCCAAAUCGAUGGGCGUGGCAGUGGCUUCCAGGGCGAAUUGCUGCGCACCCAGGUCCAUGGCAAACUGGGCACCGUCGAGGUGGAGGACCAACUGGGUGUCCUAACGUACUUGCGGGACAACCUGAAGUUUAUCGAUCCCCUGAGGAUCUGUGCAUUUGGCUGGGGCUACGGGGGAUAUGCCUCCUCCAUGAUGCUGAUCGAUGACUCACAGCAGGUGCUCCAGUGCGCGGUGGCCAUCAAUCCCAUUGUCAACUUUGGAUUCCACUACUCCUUCUUCACGGAGCGCUACAUCCCGCUGAAGGGCGACUACCUGCGGGCGCUCCAGGAGGCGGACCUCACCAUGAAGGCGGGCAACAUCAAGGGGCGCAACCUGAUGCUGAUGCACGGCACCGCGGACACGCUGGUCCACCAGGAGCACACGCUGAUGCUGGUCCGGGCGCUGGUGGAGCAGCAGGUGAAGUUCCGGCACCAGGUGUACCCCGACGAGGACCACGCCAUCGCCAGGUCGCUGAGCCACGUCUACAAGACGAUGGAGUGGUACUUCGACGAGUGCUUCGGCCCCGUCGACGACAACGAGUGGGACCCCACGGGUCUGUUUGUGUUCAAGCAAUAAUUAAGACCCCCCUACGAUCCUUACGACGAGGAUCCGCUGGCCAACCAGCUCAGCGACAUCGACACCGCCAUCGGACCCGCCCGGGACUCGCACUCGGACUCGAAUCCCAAUUCGGGCUCGGAUGCGGAUCCCAAUGCGGAUCCCGAUGCCGCCGGCAGCAAUCUGUCCGCACUGCUGGCCGCCACCACGACGACCGCCUCGCUGUCGGCGCUUGACGAGCUGGACAACCGGCUGCAGUCGCUCGACCUGAUCACCUCCUCCACGGCCACCACCCUCAGCAAGGUCGCCGGCAAGCUGUGCAACUACAGCAGCAAGCGCCGGCUCCACCAGUCGGAGGCCGUGCUCGCCCAGAAGUCUCGCAUCCUCCAGCACUAAAGGGGAUCUGGAUGAGGAUUUGGAUUUGGAUUUGGAUGAGGAUUCGGAUGGAGAUGGAGAUCCAGAUCCCGAUUCCGCUGCCGCUGCCGCUCCCGCAGGAGUCCUCCGUGUGUCAGUGUGUGUGUGGGUGUGAGUGUAUGUGUGUGCCAGCUGGACAGUUCCGAUCCCUUUUUCACUUGCCAACCAGAUUUACACUUUGCUUUUACACACAAAAUUACCAUAAGUUAAUACCCACCUUGGUUAUUUCACCAAAGGUACUUUUUAAUUUUAAUUUUUUAAAUUUAAAAAUCUAUUUAUACUUAAUGGUUUCUAAGUGUAUUACUUCAGUACUAUAUAUUUAAGUUUAUUUUAAAGGAUAAAGUGAAGAAUCCUUUCAAAUGCUCACCAAGUUUAUAACCAAAGUGAAAAUCGGAAAAGGUCUGUUAGUGUGCCAGAGUUGGUUCUUCAAAGGCAUUUUUGGGUUCAUCCUUUUAAAAUCAGUAUUGACAAGGAUAAAUCGUUUGCAGAAAUGAUCAAAAAAUAUAGUUUAAUGUUUAAAAUAUUUGCUUGAGACCAAAUUACAGAAUAAUUCAAUUAUUAAUUAAGAGCUAGGAUCGAAGUGAUUUACAGAUCUUUUUAAUAAAUUUAUUGUUAUUUUUGGUUAUAAAGAAAUACAGUUUAGGAGAACAAGUGGAAUGUCGGUACUGAUCUAUAAUUUAUCUGUUCAAAAUACACAAAUUUGAAGCAGGUACUCCCAAUCAAAAUAGUCACUUUUUCAUUACAAUCAAAAUGCAAAGCUUGUAAAAUCUCGGAUACCAGCCAACUUAGUCGCAACAUCCGACUAUAUUAAAUUGAAAACUUAGUAUGAUUUGAACUUACCGAUUUGCCGGAGGGAAUCGCGUGUGAAUGAUUAUCGAGACAGAGGGGAAUAGGGAAGCAAAACCAAAGCAAGGUGAUUCAUUUAUGCGACUGAUUAUUAACAUAUGUGUAUUUAAUAAUUAACCAAACUCAUGGUGCGAAGGGGGUGACGAGGCGGUGAGGUGUCGAUGUCGAUGUCGAUGUCCUUGGCGUAAGGAUACAGAUGUAGGGGACAAACCUAAUUGCUAAAGGCAAACCAAAUACAGUGCGAUAUGUGUGUGUCAUGUAAUUUGUUUAGGCCUCAUUGUUGUUUCUUUACGUGUUCGUUUCGAUGUGUAUAAACAUAUAGUUAUAAUUGACUGAACGUUAUUUUUUUUGUAUAUAUUAACGAUUAAAUUUUAAACGAAAAUGAAAACGAAAACGAAAACGAAAAUGAGAAGGAAAACGGAAGCGGUAGCUUAGCCGAAAUUGAAACAAUUAUGGUAACUCAUGUCCAAAGGAAGGAGGAAGAUAUAUCUUUUAAAUAGCCAACAAGUUUUGCGAGUAGUUUCAGAGAAGAAGAAGAAGAAGGAGUAAACCCACAGCUUACCAUACGCCCAUUGAAUGUUUGUGAUAGUCGAGAGUAGGCGACUAUAAAAUACCCUGUACUCCAGUCGAACCGCUUAGAUAGAACCUCCUUCUCUCCCGACUUUCGGUGUGCAAAAGCUUUAAACCUCAUAUCCAUUCGAGCAGCGCCAACAUUCGAUGCGUGGAUACAGGGUAUUUCCAGGAGUUUAGGUGUCUAGCAGCCGAUACAGACCUAAUUUUUAAUCUAAAUAUAUUGAGAGUCAAAGGAGGAGAGAUUGUGCCACACACUAAAGACAAGUCCCAGGCUUGCAAAGUCCCCAUAAACCGAUCGCAUUGGAUCGGGAUUAUAUAUUGAGGGGGGGAUAGAGGUGUGCUUUAGCGAGAACCAAAAAAAAUGGCGAAACAUUUUUUUUUAGAUUUUUUUACCAUUAACAUUAACGGAACGAAGAAACGAACGAAUUCCAUAAAUGCGGAAUGGGAUUUAAUUGUCAGAAGCCUAGGUGUUAAAUGUUGCGUCAAUAAGCGAAAUUUUAUUGUAGAGCGGCCAACGAAGGCCCCCGACUUCCGAAACCCAACUUAAACUAAGAAAUCCAGAUAAAAAACAAUAUAGUCAAGCUUUAAAUGUUGUACACAAAGAGGGGUCGAAGCCACUUAAGCCCAAGUUAACUAAACCAAAAGAAAACAAAACAAAACAAACAAAACGAAAGAAAACAAAACGAUACAAAGAAAAUGCCCAAUACAGACCCGAGAGUAAAUAAAUGUUAAACUUAAAUAACGAUAAAUGCAUAUUUAUAAAUGUUUAAAACAAGAAUUCUAUAAAAAAAAAACUAAAGGAAAACUAUAUAUGUAAUUGUGCUAAGGCAGAAUUUAAUGUAUUCCAAGCUACCAGAGCGAAAAAGCCAUUAACUACGUGGAACCAAACAGUGUAAACGCAAAGCUAACAAAAACCAACAAAUCAACAAAUACGAAACACAACUCAUUUCCCUAAAGUACAAAGGAAACGAAGGAAAACCUAUUUUUCAGUUAAGCCCAAAAACCACACAAAACCACAACCAAAAAAAGAAAUGACCAAAAACUGGACAGUAUUUAAAAGUGAUUUGGUUUCAAGACAACAUCUCAGCAUAAAGUAUUCAAGCCGAAAACGAUAACAAACCGAAUCCAAGUAGAUUUAGCAAUAAAGAAGCAAAACUAUGUAUUUCCAAAAACCAAACACAAGUAUACCAACAAGAACCGAAGCAACUAAAAAACAAAAAAGCGAAACAAUAAAGACAUUUUUGUGUGUAUGCAAAAUA